UAGAUUUUGUUUCCCUCUUUAUUAACCUUAAAUCGAUUGACUUGUUUAAGUCAAGGCGGCCGCUCUAAAAUUGUCAUUUUCCUCUCUUGACUGGCUUCCUCACCGCCGGAUCCACCCGUCCCAAACUUUGGUUUGUCCAUCGCCUUCUUCCCACCUUCUUUGUCGUGUUUUCUAAGUUUUAUUUUUCCCCAAAAUUAAUAAUCAAAUUAAAAGAAAAGAUACCCUUUUACUUUUCAAGUUCAUAACCCCUUUGAUUCUCUUCUUCAUCCUUACCCCUAAAUCCACGCCCUAUUCUUCACUCUGCUUCUGAUCCAUUCCCCCACAUGUUCUUGGAGCAGGGGAAACUGCAAGAACUGGGGUUUUGGCUUCUUGAUUCUCUAUCCACAACAGCAUCAAGUGUGCACAAUAGGUUUUUCAUGCUCAACUUUUUCUUGUUCUAUCAGUUUCUUUAUUUGUCUCAUGUGAGUACUUGAUUAAUUAGUUAGUUUGUUCUGUUAUGGCUGCUGCUUAUUAUAAGAAACCACGGCUUAGGGAUGUGGCUUUGCGCCGUCUCAUACUCGUGGUGUCUGUUACUCUCUGUGGGGUUUUGCUGCUUGUAUUUCUCUUUGGAUCAAAUCCAACAUCAAUUAAUGAUGUUACUCGUGAUUUGGUAGAAAAUGUUGGUGAUGGUAAUGAUGAUGAUUCUGCUUAUCGUCGCGAUUUGAAGGUUGCGAAGGGCUUUGUAGCCCUCCCAAAUCAGAAUGACUUGUCACUUAAAUUGGAAAAGCUAAAUGAUUUGCCACCAAGGAACUUGGAUCUUUAUCCAAAUCUAGCCAAGGACCGAAUAAUUGUUGUUUUGUAUGUUCACAACCGGCCUCAAUAUCUUAAAGUAGUUGUCGAUAGCCUUUCGCAGGUGACGGGCAUUAAUGAGACCUUGCUAAUCGUUAGUCACGAUGGUUACUUUGAGGAUAUGAACAAGAUCAUUGAUGGUAUCAGAUUUUGCCAAGUUAAGCAGAUAUUUGCGCCUUACUCGCCUCAUUUGUUUUCGGAUAGUUUUCCUGGGGUCUCGGCUCGUGACUGCAAGGACAAAGAUGUUGCCAGCCAAAAACAUUGCGAGGGCAAUCCUGAUCAGUAUGGCAAUCACCGCUCGCCGAGGAUCGUAUCGUUGAAGCAUCAUUGGUGGUGGAUGAUGAACACAGUGUGGGAUGGAUUAAGAGAGACCAGGAAGCAUGAGGGUCAUAUUCUUUUCAUCGAGGAAGACCACUUCAUAUAUCCCAAUGCAUACCGCAAUCUGCAGAUUCUAACUUCAUUGAAGCCUGAAAAAUGUCCCGAUUGCUAUGCUGCAAAUUUAGCACCUUCUGAUGUGAACUCGCGUGGUGAAGGAUGGGCCAGUUUAAUUGCAGAGAGAAUGGGAAAUGUAGGCUAUGCUUUUAAUCGAACUGUUUGGAAGAAAAUACACAACAAGGCCAGAGAAUUUUGUUUCUUUGAUGAUUAUAAUUGGGAUAUCACGAUGUGGGCAACUGUUUAUCCCUCAUUUGGUAGUCCUGUUUACUCGUUGCGAGGUUCAAGGACUAGUGCAGUUCACUUUGGGAGAUGUGGUUUGCACCAGGGUCAGGGGGAGAAGAAGGCUUGCAUGGAUAAUGGCAUGGUGAACAUCCAUGUAGAAGAUGCGGACAAGGUUCCUAAUAUUGCAUCAGACUGGAGCGUCCAUAUCUAUAAAAAUCAACCUGGUUACAAGGCUGGCUUUAAAGGUUGGGGAGGCUGGGGUGACGACAGAGAUCGACAUUUAUGUUUGAGCUUUUCCAACAUGUAUUGUUCCACCGGCACCUCAUCUCCUAUGUAAGAUCUGAUUUUCUGGCUGCUUACUUUUUUCCUCCCAUUUUUUUGGUGUCAGUUUGCAAAACCACUAUGAGAAGAUUAGAUUCUUCAAUACAUGAAUUCAUUAUUAGUCCUUCCAAAAUGCUUUACUGUCCAUAAAUUACUUUGAUAACUACCACGAAAUCGUAUCUAGGUUAUACCAUUGUAAGGAUAUUCAUAGCGGUUCUUCCUAGUAGAUAAAACCUUUUAUAUAUUGGAACUAUUCUCUCCUCUCUUUUAUUCUCUCUCUCUCUCUCUCUCUCUCUCUCUCUCUCUCUCUCAGCACAUGCACAAGACUAGAUUUAGGAAACUGCAUGUUUGCGGGCCUUGGAGACCUUCAAUUUUGUUGGUUCAUGCUUCCCCUUGUAUCAUUGGUUGCUUGAGGAGGCAUUAAUUGGUUAUGCUUGGUUGAUGAUGACACUACUAUUCUUCUUUGUA